CCACCUCACCCACCUUCUAUCCCAUCUUUCUCCCAUUUGAUUCCUCUCUCUCUCUCUCUCAAAUCCUGAUCCAUACUCAAAACCCAUGACAGAACCCUCAUCAGAUUUGCCACGAGAAUGCUGGGAACACAUCUUCAAUCUCCUCGACCACUCCUCUCACUUGGCCCCCCUCUCUCUCGUCUCCAAGCAAUUCCUCCACAUCACCAAUCGCCUCUUACACACUCUCAAACUCUCCACUCCACCACCCCUCUCCAUUCUCCCUCGUCUCCUCCACAGAUUCCAAUCCCUCAAACAACUAGACCUCACUGCCUUCAAAGGCGACACGAACCCACUUCUUCAUCGUAUCUCCCUAUCCGGGUUAAACCUCGUAUCACUCAACAUCUCCAACCAAACAAGUUUACCAGUCAACGGAUUAAGAAUGUUCUCCUCCAGAAUGGUCAACUUGAAGUCCUUGGAUUGCUCCAAAGUCAGAUUCUUACACGACAGUGAUCUAACUUUGAUUGCAGAGUCGUUUCCUCUGCUCCAAGAGCUCGACAUCAGCUACCCAGAAUUCGGACCCGCCACUGUGACAUCGGGUUGGAAACAACCCAUAUCGGAUUCGGGUAUAUAUUCGCUGACAGUGAAUCUCAAAAGUCUGAGGAGGAUCAACCUCUCUGGUAAUCACUUCAUUACUGAUGUGUCCCUUGUGCAUUUAGCAAAGCAUUGCGUGUUGCUGACCCAAGUUGUUAUUCAUGGAUGUGAUUUCAUAACACAUAAUGGUGUGGCUAGAUUGAUACGUGCAUGUGGUAGCUUGAAUAGUGUUUUGGCUUGUGGAAUUGGGGUUUCCUCGUUAAGCUUAGGAUUAGGAUUAUUAGAAUGUGCACGGAAAAGCUCCGAGGCUUUGUGUGUUAUUGAUUUUUCAGACUCGGUGGUUUCGGAUGAACUGCUUUGUUCAGUAGCAGAAGCAUGUUUUCCUAUGAAGAAGUUAGUUCUUUCUAAUUGUACAGGUUAUACAUUUGCUGGGCUUUGUUUCUUAGUGAGGCAUUACCCCUUGCUCGAGUACUUGGAUCUUGAAGGAGCUGAUUUUCUCACAGAUAAUGAAAUCUUUGAGCUAUCCAUGUCCCUUGGUAGUAUCACUUAUAUAAACCUUAGUUAUUGCAGUCGAAUCUCCGGUGCUGCCUUGUACACCCUCGCAAGAAACUGUCGGGUUUUAAAUGGAAUUACAAUGGUAGGAACGAAUGUUGGGGAUGAAGAGUUGGAAACCGAUAUCGUGCCAAACCUUGGGAUCAAAUCUCUAAACUUCUGUAAGAAUAUUUCGAUGGGAGAUCGGUUUAUUGCAAAUUAUGUUUGCUUUUGCCCCAAUUUGGAAAUGCUUGAUUUGAGCUAUUGUAUAAACAUAACAGAAGACGGCAUUGUAGAUAUUCUGAAAAGGUGCUCUAGGAUUAGGCACUUGGACAUAAGCACAUGUGGUUUGAUGGAGAAUCUUUCCUUAGAUUUUGAAGUUCCCCAGUUGGAGGUCUUGUGUGCAGGAGGAUUGAGAAUUAAUGAUUAUGGAUUGGCUAUAAUUGGUAAUAGAUGUUCCAGGCUACAUAAAUUGGACCUCUCGGGCUGCCUGUUUGUGACAGCAAACGGGGUGAAGGAAGUGGUGGAUGGCUGCAAAGAAUUAAGGGAUAUAAAUUUGAGUUCGUGCUAUAAGGUCGGUCUUUAUAUUAUUCCUUGGAUGGUGUUUUCAAGGCCGUCACUCAAGAGGAUUAUACAACCUAGUGGUGCUUCUGUUCCUACUGGGAGUCAGAGAAACCAUUUCUUGCGUCAUGGUUACAGUUUAUAGUAUUCCUUUCAAAUAGUUUUAUUUUUAUUUUUCAGGUCUAUUGAGAAUUUGAGAUUGAAGAUAUGAUCUUGUUCAUCUUAUAAGGUAAGCUCAAUUUGUUUAACCACAAAAUACUGGCUGUGGGAAUUUAUCGAUGAUGUUUCAGA